GGGAGACUCUCCUGACUGCUGAGUGGAGUGUUUCAGGCUGUGAGUAGAGACGUGGCUGUACCUGAACUGUUUCUGAAGGCGGGGGGCAGGAUGAGCGCAUGCGAGGGGGCUGCAAACCACAGCAGGUUCGGCUGACAUCCUGCCUCUCUGUAGCUGCUCCGUCUCACUCCAGCUCCUCGCCACCUCUCAGCCUGUUCCAGGAUCCUCGAGUUCGGUUCCGAGAUGGGCAGUAAAGCUUUACCGGCCCCGAUCCCGCUGCACCCGGCCCUGCAGCUCAACUACGCGUUCCUGCAGACGCUCAACGCGUUCCCCGCCGCCGUGGAUCAUCUGUACGGCCUGAGCUCGGUCCAAACCAUGCAGAUGAACCACUGGACUCUGGGCUACCCGCCCGUUCAGGGCCUCGUGGACCCGCGCUUUCCGUUCGCCGCGCACCUCUUCCACCCCAAACCCGUCGCUGCCGCGCUGCACAAGGACAGACCCAGAUUCGACUUCGCGAACCUCGCGGCGGCGGCCACGCAGGAGGAUCCGCCCAAACCGGGCGAGCUGGCCAAACUCUCCCCGGAGCGCAAGCCCGCGCGCGGCAGACUCCCGUCCAAAAGCAAAAAGGAAUUUAUCUGUAAAUUUUGCGGGAGACACUUCACCAAAUCCUACAACCUGCUGAUCCACGAGCGCACACACACCGACGAGCGGCCUUACACCUGCGACAUCUGCCACAAAGCGUUCCGGAGACAAGACCACCUGCGAGACCACAGAUAUAUUCACUCCAAGGAGAAACCGUUCAAAUGUCAGGAGUGCGGGAAGGGGUUUUGUCAGUCGCGAACUUUGGCGGUUCAUAAAACGUUGCACUUGCAGGAAUCUCCUCACAAAUGCCCCACAUGCGGAAGAACCUUUAAUCAAAGAAGUAACCUGAAAACUCACCUUCUCACCCAUACAGACCUCAAGCCUUUCUCCUGCGGCCGCUGCGGGAAGCUGUUUCGGCGCAACUGCGACCUGCGACGCCACAGUCUGACACACAGCCCGCAGCAGGACUACUAACUAGUGCACUAACCAGUGACUCCCACACACGCUCACUCUGCUCUCAGCCUCUGCCUCAACAGACUCUGGGAACUCGUGUAAAGUUUUUAUUGUUAUUUUUAUUUUCACCUGCAUCUGAUUCUGAACUCAACGUGUUUCGAUCUGUUCACACCUGGGAGGAUUCAUUGUGUGAAUAAAGCGGCUGAUCUGCUCACAUGAGCGCAGGAUUAAUAAAACAUCUUCGAGUCAAAGACAAUCAAAUGUGAGUGAGAAGAGACGGACACAAUUCUGCUUUAAUAAAAUAGUUUUCUUUUUUUAAAC